UACAGUAAUAUUUCACAGUUGAACAAGGAUCAGGUGACAAUGGAGAGUUGCAUUUUUUGGGACUGGUUUAAAGACAGUUCUAAGAUAUCACAGCGAUAUCACACAUCAUAGACGAUUAGUGCCUUUUGAGCUGUGCGAGGCCAUUUACCGUAACGCUUUGAAUAGUGGUGCAUUUCAUUUUGAAACGCGGUCCACGUGACCAUGUAAACACCGACCAGGUUGAAUGGAGCGAACUAACGGAGGGAGUGAAAUGAUUUACAGUUAAUGAUUCCAGAUCAGGAGAAGUGGUGUAGCAUCACUGUUGUGUUCAUCUUCCUCUUCCGUUUGUCGCCUGUCUGUCGCUCAAGUGAAAUGCAUUCUGGUAUAUGUGGCGCUCACAAGAGCGGCCAAACCUGCGCCUAUAUGUUUCUCGGUAAAAUGGGCGGGGUAAAUCACAUCCGGGUGUUUUGACCGUUUCCGGCGAGAAGCGGACUUUUGAAUUGGAAAAGUUCUUUGGCCGCGACCGAUGACGUUUCACAAAACCACACAAUAACGCGCAUCGAGAAAGAGCCCGAAACGCCGCGGGGAGCUGAUGACAAUUGGCCGCACGUGUGUUGACAUCCGGAUCCAACGAGCGGACUUUGCCUCAUUGGCCACUGUUUGUCAAACUCCGUCUGGAGGAAAGUGUGCACGUGUUGAAGUGCUCACGAGAAGUUGUGUCACGUCGAAUUAAAGUGAACGGCGGCUCGUGCUGAGCGAUGCUCACUUCUUCCUCGUGGAGCUAAACGUGCGGGAAGUUGCCUGGACGCCACCUUUCGCAGACCCCGUUACUCCUGUCCUCGGGUCUGAAUAUCAACGCCAUGGCAGGGGACAUGCUGGUCUGGAGGGGUCUGACCUGGAUGAAGCAGGUGGCCUGCAGAGCCUCACCAAGCGGCCUCCGCGGCCCCGGGUACCAGAGGCUGGUAAACUUCCAUCAUCCCGCCGGGUCAGCGAAGGAGACGUUCAACAGACCGCAGGACGUCUGCGUCCUCAGGUCCACAGCAGUGCAGCGUUACAGAUGUUCUGCCACUGGCGGCCCUUUCAGUGCACGUUACACAAGAAGUGUUACCGGCGGACAGGCGACGUGCAGCGGAAGAGCCGGCAGCAGGCGCGUGAGGUACCACGGCGACUGGUCCCGCCAGCUGCAUUCUGGUCAGACAAGGUUUUUUAACCAAGGCAACUCAACCCGGGGACCUCCUAAGCUGGUGGACGUCGAUGGAGCAGGAAGCGCCAAGAAAAAAGGCCUCAAGCAACAUAAACAAGUGCUCAGUGAAAGAGCCAGAGAGAGGAAAGUGCCUGUUACACGGAUAGGAAGGCUGGUGAAUUUUGGGGGACUGGCGCUUGGACUCGGCAUUGGGGCAAUCGCUGAAGUGGCCAAGAAGAGUUUCAAAUCCCAUCAAGGAGGGAAAGGUGAUGAUAAAUCCGUCCUGGGCUCAAGUGCGUUCCUCUCUGAAGCAAACGCUCAAAGAAUCGUCCGGACACUUUGCAAAGUUAGAGGUGCUGCUCUGAAAAUUGGACAGAUGCUCAGCAUUCAAGAUGACGCCUUCAUUAACCCUCAGCUGGCCAAAAUCUUUGAGCGUGUUCGACAGAGCGCGGACUUCAUGCCCACUAAACAGAUGAUGAAAGCCAUCUGCAGUGACCUCGGCCCAAACUGGAGAGACCAGCUGGACUGCUUUGAGGAGAAGCCGUUUGCGGCGGCGUCCAUCGGUCAGGUGCAUCUAGCCAGACUGAAGGACGGCAGAGAGGUGGCCAUGAAGAUUCAGUACCCUGGUGUUGCCAAGAGUAUCGACAGCGACGUGAAUAAUAUCAUGACGCUUCUGAGUUUAAGCAACAUGCUGCCUCAAGGUAUGUUUCCAGAGCACCUCAUUGAGGUCAUGAGCCGGGAGCUGGCCCUGGAGUGUGAUUACAUAAGGGAGGCCCAAUGUACCAAAAGAUUCCAAGAGCUGCUGAAGGAUAAUCCGUACUUCUACGUGCCCGACGUGAUCGACGAGCUGAGCAGCCCGCACGUCCUCACCACGACGCUGGUGCCGGGUUUCCCUCUGGACAAGGCCACCGACCUCCCCCAGGAGCUCAGGAAUGAGAUUUGUGAGCACAUCCUGACGUUGUGCCUGAGGGAGCUUUUUGAGUUCAGAUUCAUGCAGACUGAUCCAAACUGGUCCAACUUCUUCUUUGAUCCCCAAGCUCACAAAGUUGCACUCUUGGAUUUUGGAGCUACGCGGGGAUUCGAUAAGAGUUUCACUGACACCUACAUCGAGAUUAUUAAUGCUGCCGCCAAUAACGACCGAGAAGGUGUCCUACAGAGAUCCAGAGACAUGAAGUUCCUGACUGGAUACGAGUCAAAGGUGAUGGAGAACACCCACGUGGAUGCGGUGAUGAUCCUCGGUGAGGCGUUUGCUUCUGUGGAGCCCUUUGACUUUGGAGCUCAGAGCACCACAGCUCGUAUCCACAGCCUCAUCCCGGUGAUGCUGAGGGAGCGACUGACGCCGCCCCCCGAGGAAACCUACUCCCUUCACCGCAAGAUGGGAGGCUCCUUCCUCAUCUGCUCUAAACUCAAAGCUAGAAUAUCCUGCAAGAACAUGUUCCGCGAGAUGUAUGAGAAGUACUGGAGGGACGGACGCCCCGCGUGCACCAACCAACUCAAAGACCCGUGACCCAAAACCGUAUUUAGUCGCCCGUGUUGACCAGGACUCUCAGCCGGGCGAAGAUCGUGUCUACAUGGAUCUGUUGUUUACUAUCAUCUAAACUGUAAACCUUCACGUCCAGACUGUCUGUUGAAAUAAAUGUAAAACUCUAUUCACCAUUUUUACUUAUUGUUAUACUCAAACCAUUAAGACGCUAUUCACGUGAACAGUAUUAACCAAUUAUGGAUUUGUCUACUUUAAUGUGGUGUAAAACAUUUUCUAUUUGAAUUUAUACAGGUGCUACACAAUAUAGAAGUGUAAUACAUUUUUCAAUGAAGAUACUGUAAAUGUUCAUUUAUAUUCUCUCAGCUACUUCAUAAAUAAACCUUUAUAGUGUAAAAGCUGUCAACCUGAUGGAAAUCAUAUGAAUAAGCAAAGCUCAAACAAACAUUAAUGUCAAAUACCCUUUUGUUUCAAAUAGUCUCUAUUUGGAUUGUGACGGUGGAGAAGCCAAACUCUGAGCGCAGGAGCUUUGUUGCCUUCAUGAGGAUGAUCUGUGUAUCGGCAUCUUCUGAGGACACAAAUGUAGGAAAAUCAUUUCACUUGUCAACAAUCUUUUAAUCGCAUUGUUUGCUUGGUGUCCAGCAUUUCAGAUGUAUGUUUACAAAAUAAAAGCUACGCGGGUCAUACAAAUUCCAAUAGUAUGUUUAAAUGCUGCAAAACUGAAGGUUUUAAACGACCGUAAUACAUUAAGUCAUGAAUAAAAACAUUCUAAAGCGAA